AUUUGAUAGCAAUCGAUACCAGUGAACUGAUCGAACUAGAUUCGCAUCCAUUGCUUCAUCCAAAGCAGUGUGACUACAAUGAAAGCGCAAACGCUACUUCUAACGCUAGCAGCUUGCGUACUUUUCGUUAACGCAAAGGACUCCCGCUGUCCGGCGGUGGACGAUCCGCUGAUCGCCGUUCAUUUUCCCCAUCCCACGGAUUGCAGCAAAUUUCUCACGUGCAGUUGGGGUCAACUAGUGGAACAGUCUUGUCCCGCAGGACAACUCUGGAAUGACGCCCGGAAAUACUGUGACUUUCCAGCGAAUGUGCAGUGCGAUGAGCCGAAUCCACCGGCCAACGAAUGUCCCCAGAUAGCAGAUCCUGAACAUACCGUGUUCAUACCUCAUGCGGAUUGCGCUAAGUUCUACAUUUGCACCUGGAAUGGCGUUGCUGUGGAGAAAGACUGUCCGGCCGGUCUCCAUUGGAAUCAACAGCUGAGUCACUGCGAUUAUCCGCAACAAGCGGGGUGUGUUUCCGAUGGCGAUGGCGAUUCGUUGCAACCAGAGGUAGGUCGACGUGCAUUGCGAUAACUGGUGCUUCACGGCCAAACUCAAGUGGAUUUUAAUAACGGUCGUUAUUUGUACUUCAUGAUGACGCUAGUGAUUAAUAAAAGUGAUUUCAACAGCAACCUGUAAAGCAAGAUAAA